AUGUUUCAUUUAUAUGUGUUUCCAUUCAUAUUUUUAUAUUCAUUUUGGAUAUAUAUUUAUAAGUUUAAAUAUGAUAAAUAUAUUAAAUCAGAAGAAUGGACAUUUAUUACUCUUGGAACUCUUUUUUCAGUUCAGGGUAUUUUAUGGCUUAGUAAACAUUGGAAUGUUCAUAUAAAAACAUUAUUGACGGCAAAAUUAUGUUAUAGAGUGGAAGAAGCUCAAUUGAUUCGUAUUACUCCUGUUUCUAAUCAAGGGCUAUCUGAAAUAUGUGUUUUGAAUCGUAAAAAGUUUGAAAAUGAAGCAUUUCCUGAAAUAUAUUUUUUUUUUCAAAAAAAGAAAUUUGUAUAUUCUUAUGAGAAAAAAAAGUUUCAAGAACUUUCAUUCAGAAUUGAUUCGAAUCCUCUUAUUGAAGACUUACAAGCUAUGAGAGGAUUGACGUCAGAUACAUUAAUUAAUUAUGCUAAAGAUCAUUAUGGAUAUAAUCGAUUUGAUAUUCCAGUUCUUACAUUUGUAGAAUUAUUUAAAGAACAUGCUGUUGCACCAUUUUUUGUUUUUCAAGUUUUUUGUGUUGCACUUUGGUGUCUUGAUGAAUAUUGGUAUUAUUCUUUAUUCACUUUGCUUAUGUUGAUAUUAUUUGAAUCAACAGUAGUAUGGCAAAGACAAAAAACUCUUACAGAAUUCCGAACGAUGUCAAUUAAAUCAUAUCAAAUUUAUGUUUAUAGAAAAUAUUGUUGGACACAAGUCAUGACAGAUGAAUUGUUUCCAGAUGAUAUUGUUUCAAUUGCACCUUUUAAAGAAGAACACGAUGUACCCUGUGAUAUGAUUUUACUAUCAGGUACAUGUAUCAUUAACGAAGCAAUGUUAAGUGGUGAAUCUACGCCUCUUUUAAAAGAAAAUAUCUCUCUCAGAGAUCCUAAGUCGAGUUUUGAUAUACAAGAUGUAGAUAGGAACUCUUUAUUAUUUGGAGGUACUAAAAUUCUUCAAAUAUCUCCUUCAACAAAUUCAGCAAUUCCUCUUGCACCCGAUAAUGGCGCUUUAGCAGUAGUUAUUAAAACAGGUUUUGAAACUCAACAAGGUAAUCUCGUAAGGACUAUGAUAUAUUCCACAGAAAGAGUUAGUGCAAAUAACUUAGAAAGUUUAUUUUUUAUUCUAUUUCUUCUUGUUUUUGCAAUAGCAGCUAGUUGUUAUGUUUGGACGAAAGGCAUACAAAGUAAUAGAAACAAAUAUAAACUUCUUCUCGAUUGUAUUUUAAUAAUAACAUCAGUUGUUCCUCCAGAACUUCCUAUGGAACUUUCAUUAGCUGUUAAUUCUUCUCUUGCUACUCUAUCAAAAUUAGCUAUUUUUUGUACAGAACCUUUUAGAAUACCGUUUGCUGGAAGAAUUGAUGUUUGCUGUUUUGAUAAAACUGGUACUUUAACUGAAGAAGAUCUUGUAGUAAAAGGCGUUGCAGGCCUUAGUGAAAAUCCUGAAGAACUUGUUGAUGUUAAUUCAGUAUCUAAAGAAACUAUGCUAGUUCUUGGAACAGCACAUUCUUUGAUUAAACUUGACGAUGGCAAAGUUAUAGGGGAUCCUAUGGAAAAGGCAACCUUGGAUGCAUUAAAAUGGAAGCUUGAAAAGAAUAAUGUUGUAUUAUCUUCUCAGAAGGAACUUCAAGAAAGUAAAAUAGAAAUUGUUAGAAGAUUUCAAUUUUCAUUAGUAUUAAAACGUCAAUCGAGUAUAGUGACAAUAUCUGAUCAAAUUAAAAAAUCUAGAAAAACCUUUGUGGCAGUAAAAGGUGCACCUGAAGUACUUGAAAAAAUUUCUAUAGUCCCGAAAAAUUAUGAAAGUAUAUAUAGAUAUUUUACUAAAAAUGGAUGUCGUGUUUUAGCUCUUGGUUAUAAAUUCCUUAAAGAUCAAAUUAAUACUUCUGAAAUAAAUCUGCUUUCAAGAGAGGAAAUAGAAAGUAAUUUGAUAUUUUCAGGGUUUCUUGUAUUUAGUUGUUCUUUAAAAAGAGACGCUGCUAGUACAAUCAAAAUGUUAAAUGAAUCUUCUCACAGGGUAAUUAUGAUUACCGGAGACAAUCCACUUACUGCAUGUCAUGUUGCUCGGGAAGUUCAGAUAAUUGAGAGAGAUGUUCUAAUAUUAGAUUCAUUUAAUAAUGGUUUAGAUCUUUGUUGGAAAAACAUUGAUAAUGAAAUAAUUGCUUCAAUUAAUGUUAAUAGUCCUUUAGAUAAAACUAUAUUUCAAAAGUAUGAUAUAUGUGUCACAGGAUAUGCUCUUUCAAAGUAUUACAAUUCUAAUCAUAUAAAUGAUUUAUUAAGACAUACAUGGAUAUAUGCAAGAGUUUCUCCGGCACAAAAAGAACGUAUUUUAAUAUCAUUAAAAGAGGCAGGCUAUAUUACCUUAAUGUGUGGAGAUGGUACAAAUGAUGUUGGUGCUUUAAAACAAGCACACAUUGGUGUUGCACUUCUCAAUGGAUCUGAGGAAGUUUUAAAACGAAUAGAAGAACAUGCACGUAACGAAAAAUUGAAACAAAUUUAUGAAAAACAAGUUAAAAUACUUGCAAAGUUUAAUAAGCCGCCACUUCCUGUUCCAUUCCCUAUUGCAUAUCUUUAUUCAGAAGGACCAUUUAAUCCUCAUCGUGAAGCUUCAAUUCUUGCUCGUUCUAAAAACAUAGAAGCAUCAAAAAAUAACAAUAAACCAAAUUCGAAUAAAACUUCACAAAAUAAACUACAAGUUUCAAAUAUUACAAAAAAAGAUGAAAAUUUUACAGAAACAUUAUUAUCUAAGUUUGCAAGUUUUGAGGAUGAUACUGAGCCUCCUGUACUUAAGCUAGGAGACGCUUCAUGUGCAGCACCAUUUACAUCUAAACUUUCUAAUGUUGUUGCGAUUGCCAAUAUCAUUCGACAGGGGCGAUGUACACUUGUAGCAACAAUUCAGAUGUACAAAAUUUUGGCGUUAAAUUGCCUGAUUUCUGCAUAUAGUUUAUCUGUAUUAUAUUUAGAUGGUAUUAAAUUUGGAGAUGGGCAAAUAACAAUAUCAGGAAUGUUAAUGUCAGCGUGUUUUCUAUAUAUUUCAAAAGCUAAACCUGUUCAAACUCUUUCAAAAGAACGCCCUCAGUCAAAUAUUUUCAAUAUUUAUAUCAUAGGUUCUAUUCUUGGUCAGUUUUUAAUUCAUAUUUUAACUCUUAUUUAUAUAAAAUAUUAUGUAUCACUUUUCGAAACACCUAUUAAAAAUGUCGACCUAGAAUCCGAAUUUUCUCCUAGUUUACUUAAUAGCGCAAUUUAUCUUCUUCAAUUUAUGCAACAAAUAUCGACAUUUACUAUUAAUUAUCAGGGACAGCCCUUUAGAGAAUCUAUUCAAGAAAAUAAAAUUAUGUUUUAUGGAAUGUUAGGUGUUACUGGACUUGCUUUUAGUUGUUCUACCGAAUUUAUACCAGAAAUUAAUGAGAAAUUAAAACUGGUCAAGUUCGAAACUUCAUUUAAAAUAACCUUAACAAUUAUUAUGAUUUUAGACUAUAUAGGAUGUUACAUAGUCGAAUAUAUAUUUAAAAAGCUUUUCUUUGACAAUCGACCAAAAGAUAUUGUUAAAAGAAUAUCUUAUCAUGAUGUUAAGAAAAAUAAUAAAAAUAUUAAGAAAUAAUUUCAAGAAAAGCAAUAUUCAAUG